AUGAGUGACCACCAUCGCGAUCAUGACGACGACGUCGAGUCCUAUCGAAGUCGAAAACGACGACAAGAGAGAGAGGGCCGAGAGAGUGCGCCUCCACCAAAAGCACCAAAGCAAAAGUUUGCAAAUGAAAGAGAAGAGCGGAUGGCAAAGCUGCGGCAGGAAUUGAAGGAGGAAGACAUGGAAUUAGCCGCUGCUUUGGAUGAAAAUAUUAGGAGAAAAGAAGAGGAAGCAAAACCAAAGCCUCAAGAAACAAUUAUCGAAGUGCAUGAGGAAGAACUUGAGGGGCUUGACGAAGAAGAUCAGAUGAGAAUGCUCAUGGGAAUUCAAGGAUUUGGGACCACCAAAGGAAAAGAGGUCAAGGAUAACAAGAACUCGGCGGCCAAAGGCGUUGCAGCCAAGAAUAAAGCCAGAAAAUAUCGACAGUAUAUGAACAGGAAGAAUGGUUUCAAUCGACCAUUGGAAAAGAUGGACUAA